CGGGGUGGCACAUGGUGCCGGUGCUGAGAGGAUCAAACCGGAGCCAAUCCUCAGCCGGGGAGAAUCAAACCGGAGCCAAUCCUGAGCCGGGGAGAAUCAAACCGGAGCCAAUCCCGAGCGAGUUGGUUUGCUGCUUGCAGGUCGGAUGAGGCUACUUCGGAAACGGGCCUAGGGAAAGAAAACACAAGCGGCCCCAGUUCGAGCUGUCCUGUCACAGCCUCGUGCUCAGGACCAUUGAAAAAAAAUCCGCCGCCUGAGACGGGGGUCCGCACACAUUGCAUUGGUCAACAUCGCCAAGAUGGAAUACAUGACAGGACCUGCUGCAAACACCCAGGGACAUAUCCUAUGCUGCCAGUGUGGUGUUCCCAUCUCCCCAAAUCCUGCAAACAUGUGCGUUGCCUGCUUGCGAACCCAAGUUGACAUCACGGAAGGAAUCCCGAAACAAGUAAAUGUUCAUUUCUGCAAACAAUGUGAAAGAUAUCUUCAGCCUCCAGGAACUUGGAUACAGUGUGCAUUGGAAUCAAGAGAACUUCUAACUUUAUGCCUUAAAAAACUAAAGUCCCCUUUGACCAAAGUACGCCUAAUUGAUGCAGGCUUUAUUUGGACUGAACCUCAUUCCAAGAGAUUAAAGGUCAAACUUACUGUUCAAAAGGAGGUAAUGAGUGGAGCAAUCUUGCAGCAGAUUUUUGUGAUAGAUUUUGUCAUCCUGCAACAAAUGUGUGAUGAUUGUCAUCGUGUUGAAGCUAAAGACUAUUGGAAAGCGGUAGUACAAGUCCGACAGAAGACUUCACAUAAGAAAACUUUUUAUUACUUGGAACAAUUAAUCCUCAAACAUAAACUGCAUCAGAAUACACUGCGUGUUAAAGAAAUCCAUGAUGGCCUAGAUUUCUAUUAUGGAUCCAAGCAACAUGCACAGAAGAUGGUGGACUUCCUGCAGUGCACAGUUCCUUGCAAGUACAAGGCAUCUCAGCGUCUAAUCUCCCAUGAUGUCCACUCGAACAAUUAUAAUUACAAAAGUACUUUCUCUGUGGAAAUUGUUCCUGUUUGUAAGGACAAUUUAGUAUGCCUGCCACCACGAGUAGCUCAGAGCCUUGGAAACAUGAGCCAGAUCUGCAUUUGUGUUCGUGUGACCAGUACAAUACAUCUCAUUGAUCCUAACACCUUGCAGAUUGCUGAAAUUGAUGGCUCUACUUAUUGGCGCUACCCCUUUUACAGCCUUUAUCAACCUGGGCAGCUGGAGGAGUUUAUUGUAAUGGAUAUUGACAUAAUUGGAGACUGCAAGCGUGUUCCUGGUACAGGCACAAAAUCCACCCGACAUACAUUGGCUGAAGUCUGGGUACAGAAAACAUCUGAGAUGGACACUAACCAACAAUACUAUUGUCGUACUCAUUUGGGACAUUUGCUUAAUCAUGGGGAUCUGGUGUUGGGGUUUGAUCUGGUUAAUUCAAACCUCAAUGAUGAGUAUGUGAACAAAAUGAAUCCUCAACAUGUUCCUGAUGUGGUAUUGAUUAAAAAGAGUUAUGAUCGGGGUAGGAGGCAACAUCGUAGGAACUGGAAGCUUAAAGAACUGGACAAGGACCAUGAGGAUUUGGGAACAGAUGAAGCAAAACAAUACUUGGAAUUCCUUGAAGACCUUGAAGAUGAUGAUAUCAUUAGGAAGAAUGUCAAUAUUUAUCGCGAUUCCUCAAAAAUUCCGGUUGAAAGUGAUACUGAUGAUGAUGGUGCUCCUCGGAUCAGUUUAGCAGAGAUGUUGGAGGACCUUCAUAUUUCUGUUGAUGCCACGGGCGGUGAGGGAGCAGAUAUGAUUGACUGAAGAAAGCUGCCUUGAAAUUAAAUGAUUACAUUGCUCAUAAAAAUGGUAACCCAAAACAUGGUUCAACCUUAUCUGCUGUAUUAGUGGGACUCACUUUGUAUAAAGAUCUGACCUUUACAUACAUUCUGAAGUAUCAGAACUCUGUCAUGUGCAGAAGUGCAUCUAGCCUAGCCAGCACAGUAUGCUCAUAUUCUGGAAUUAAUAUUUAACCUUGGAAUUGAUAGAAAUUGAGUAAAUGAAGUAAUUUUUAGGUAAUCUGUUAAUGGGGAGCAUACUAACUCAAGUUUGUAUGUAAGUGUAUAUAAUACAUAAUAUAUAGAAAUUAUAGAAAUAUAAUAUGCACACACACAUCUAAUUUCUGCCGACCUUUGAGACUUGUACUUAAAUCCUAUUCACAAAGUGUCUCUUUAUCAUUAAAGGAUUAAAUUAAUCUUUGUUUCUAUGUGCAAAGCUUUUAAAAUAGAUUCUUGGAUCUGAUGGCUUACAAUAUGAAUUACUAAUAACAAUAUACAAUAAUGUUUGCAACUUCAAAGUAGUGCAAAAUUGUUGGUUUGAAUAUGUCUAAUUCAUAAUUAUAUUAAAACAUCUUAAAAUAAAAAGUCAGAUUAAA